AUGGAACWUAAAGCAAGCUGUGUGAUAAUCUACUCGAUWGCGAUKUUUUCUCUUGUWCGYGGACAYGGAUUUGUGUCRGACCCUGCAGCGCGUCAGGUCUGYUACAGAACCAACCCAAAAUGCACUGCGGUACAUUGGACACCGGAUGAGCUGAAUUGCGGAGGUUUUAGCACACAGAACRAUAAAAACRRYGGUAAAUGUGGUGUUUGUGGCGAUGCCUAUCAUCUCAAGAACCCCGCGUUUGUAUAUCCGGGACGGUACGCCAAGGGAGUGAUUACUAAAGUUUACAAAGAAGGGCAGCAAAUUGACGUCAAGCUGAGAAUCACAACCAAUCACAAGGGAUGGUCUGAAUUCAGGGUGGGUGAMAUAGGAAGACCUCCAAUCACGCAAAGCAAGCUCACGCAUCUACUGAAAUUGACCAGCGGUGGAACACGAUGGAAGCACGGCAGUAAAAGCGGUACUUUCACAGUUCGUCUCCAGCUCCCUCGCGGUCUAACAUGCAAACACUGCGUCAUGCAGUGGUGGUGGAAGGUCGGCAAUAGCUGGGGAUGUGACAAAGASGGCUGUGGUAUGGGACACGGACCGCAAGAAACCUUCGUAAACUGCGUAGAUAUCAGCAUUACAUCAUCUGGAGGUCCACCUCCGCCUCCCCCUCCUACGCAGUCUCCACCCCCACCCCCACCACCCCCAACGCAGGCACCACCCCCUCCCCCUACGCAGUCUCCACCUCCACCGCCUACACAAGCGCCACCACCACCUCCCUCUGGUCCUUGUAAGGCAACAGGUUCAUGGGCAGGCAAUGCUAAUAUGGACGCGUGGUGUAAUAGUAACUGUGCUGCAGAGUUUUAUUGA